AGUGUGGCGAGACAGUUCACGCGGCCAAAGGGUCAGAUUUGACCCGCGAGGCGGAAGCACGCUCCUGGACUUCCGGCGAGCGCAGCCUCGGCAAGAGUGGCAGCAUGGAGGAGGCGCCCCACGGCUGCCCCGGAGCCGACAGCGCCCAGGCGGGCCGAGGAGCCUCGUGCCAGGGAUGCCCCAACCAGAGGCUGUGUGCGUCGGGCGCCGGCGCCUCACCGGACCCGGCCGUGGAGGAAAUCAAAGAGAAAAUGAAGACGGUGAAACACAGAAUCUUGGUGCUGUCUGGGAAAGGUGGUGUUGGGAAAAGCACGUUCAGCGCUCACCUCGCCCACGGCCUGGCAGAGGAUGGAGACACACAGGUCGCCCUUCUGGACAUCGAUAUCUGUGGGCCAUCAAUUCCCAAGAUCAUGGGCUUAGAAGGAGAGCAGGUUCACCAGAGUGGCUCCGGCUGGUCUCCAGUGUACGUGGAGGACAACCUGGGGGUGAUGUCUGUGGGUUUCCUGCUCAGCAGCCCUGAUGAUGCUGUCAUCUGGAGGGGACCAAAAAAAAAUGGCAUGAUCAAGCAGUUCCUCCGCGAUGUGGACUGGGGAGAUGUCGACUACCUCAUCGUAGACACUCCGCCCGGCACAUCCGAUGAACACCUCUCUGUCGUCCAGUACCUGGCUGCGGCACACAUUGAUGGGGCCGUGAUCCUCACCACCCCUCAGGAGGUGGCCCUCCAGGAUGUCCGGAAAGAGAUCAGCUUCUGCCACAAGGUGAAGCUGCCUAUUAUCGGUGUGGUGGAGAAUAUGAGUGGCUUCAUCUGCCCCAAAUGCAAGAAAGAGUCUCAGAUCUUCCCUCCCACAACCGGGGGUGCAGAGGCCAUGUGCCAGGAUCUGAAGAUCCCUCUCCUGGGCAAAGUGCCGCUGGAUCCACUCAUAGGUAAGAGCUGUGACAAAGGCCAGUCUUUUUUCAUUGAAGCCCCAGAUUCACCAGCCACAGCAGCCUACAAAAGUAUAAUUCAAAGGAUCCAAGAGUUUUGUAGUUCUCGGCAGUCACAUAACGAGAACCUCAUCAGUUCUGAAGAGGACAGAGCCUGCUCCUAGCCACAGGACCUGCAGGACAGGUCCAGCCACAUCUGGUCAGCGGGGGACAGACAGGAUUUGAAGUCACUUCCUUAGGACACUUUGAUCACCUGUCUGCCUGUUUCCUCCAGGUCAGAGGUACAGGUGCUCUGCAUACAGACGCACUCAUCGCAAAAUAAAACUCCCUGAACCCGUCCCUAGGGCCUGCUCUCUGGAGUCCACCGGACUGGCAGUCUUCUGGGUCACAAGACUCCCAGGAGCUGCUUUUGACUCAGAUUAUAAGCCUAGGGAGGGACAGAGGGAGGAUUGUGGCUUCAUGGCAGACCUGUGUCUCCCUCGGGUGGAUGGAAGUGACAGCAGCCUCAGCCCACACUGGAGUCUCCAGCCUGGGGUCAUGCUUUGGCUAGGGGCCAUCAACAUCCCCCAGAAAAGCCCAUAAGUCAUCCACAGGGUAAUAGGUACCCUCAGGACAUCAGUAAUCUUCAGGGUCCCAGGAAAACUGUUUCCUAGUGCUUUUGAGAGACUGAUGUGACUGUCCUCAUGACCCGAGACUAAGACAUAGGAACUGAGAGCUGCUGAGGGAAGUUAUUCCAAUUUCUACACCAUUGUGGUGUGACAGUGGAAGGUGGCAGCCCCCUCCCCGGUCCUUCCUGUCCUCUCCUUCCCCUUUACACACGUACUCUUGGAAUGUGUUGGGGUCCCUGUGGGGAAGAUGUGACCUUUCUGAAGGUCGACGGUUCUGGGCAGGCCCUAAACGUGGGCACUUCAUCUUGGACCUGCUCAGGUCAGCUUGGAGGACCUGGGCGAGUCUGCCAAGACCUCAGGCACAGCUGCUCAGGAGCUGCAUGUCUCACCUAACGCUAGUGGAUGUCCAGUCCUUCAAGCCUGCGCUUCUCAAAGUCACCUGGGGAAGUCUGCAAGGCAAGAAGAACCAUGACUAUCCCAGCAAAGAGGAGCACACUGCCAGAGACCCAGUGCCCAGCAGCAGCAUUUGACGUGUGCACAGUGAACCUGUCAGACCAAAAACUUCUUCAUCCUUCCCUUCAAGAAAUAUUUCCAUGGCUAGAGAGAUGGCUCAGCAGUUAGGAGCACUGACUGCUCUUCCUGGUAACCUGGGUUCAAUUCCCAGGUCCCACAUGGCAGCUUACAACUGUCUGACACCCUCACACAGACAUACAUGCAGGUGAAACACCAAUGCACAUAAAAUAAAAAUAGCUUAUUUUUUAAAAAGGAAAUAUUUCCUGGCUUCAGAAUAAAACAGAAGACUUUGUCAUUCUUAAUUCUGUGUGGUUUUUGUCUUGAUUUGGUAUGUGCGUGAGUUAUGUAGUUAGUUAUGCGCAGGCAUGCACAUUCCAUGAUACACCUGUGGAGUUAGUUUUCUCUGUCCACCUUGUAUUUGAGGCAGGGUCUCUCCCCUGUCUGCAGUGUGUACUCCAGGCUAGUUGCCCAUGACCUUCUGUAUCUCCUUUUCGUCCGACUCCGUGGUAAUAGAUGCACACCACCACACCUGGGUCUGUGGAUUCUUGGGAUUGAACUUAGGUUGUCAGGCCUACACAUUCAGUUCUUUCAUCUACCGAGCCAUCUCCCUGGCCAAUUCUGUAGGUUUAGUUUUAUUUAAUUUUAUGGGUAUGGGUGUUAGUGUUUUUCCUUAAUGAAUGUAUGCAUUGCUGGGAACCCAGUCUGGGUCCUCUGCAGAAACUUUGUGCUCAGAACUGAGCCAUCUCUCUAGCCCCCAAUUCUGAAGUUUUAAAUAUCACUUUAAACUACACGGUAGUCACACGGUGUUAAACCCUGACUCUGCUGAUAGAAGCUGUCAGUCCCUUACAGACAGGAUGGUGGGUGCCAACAGCUGGGGACGAUGGGGAGCUGGUGUCUAAAGGACAGGGCUACUGUUGGAGGUGAGAAGAGUCCGGAGCUAGACUGUGGCAUCCGCACAGUGCUGUCCCUAGAACUAAUUAACCCAAUGUGCUUUUUAUUUCUUUAUUUACCUAUUGAGACAGGAUCUCACUAUGUAGCCCUGGCUGUGCUGGAACUCAUGUAGACUAGGCUGGCCUCAAACUCAGAAAUCCACCUGCCUCUGCUUCCAGAGUACUAUGAUUAAAGGUGUGCACCAUUAUGCCCAGUUAAAACUAUACACUGGAAAUAGCCAACAUGGUAGAUUUUAGAUAUACAUGAUAGAAAAUAAUGGUUAGCCUGCUGGUAGGAAGACUGUUAGGAACUGAAGUUGCCAAC